AUGGGCAACCAAUCAAGUGUACAAUCUCCGACUGAUAUGAUUGUCCCGCGAUCUUUUAUGAUGCCAAGGCGUUCUAGAAUAGGAAAUAGUGCUUCUCAGUCUGCAAAUUCUCAUACUAAGCCUUCUAAAAAUAAACAAAUGGCAUAUGAUCCUUCUGUUAGUAAUUCCCAAUCCUCUCCUCACAAAGUUGCGUAUGGUACUUCUACUUAUGCUUCCCGACCAAUUCAAAUUCCGCCGUACACAUCUAAUCCCGCCCCACAAUCAACACUCUCUCAGACAAUCACUCAGCCCCCAGGGGCAAAAUCCUCGAUGGCCAACAAUUUAUCUGGUGGUACUGGAAACCAAAUGGCUCCACCUGUCCGUCCUAUUCCACUCACUAGAUCACUUCCGGAUUCUUCACAGCCUCUUCUACCAUCUCUGUCUUUUCAUCAAUCCAGCGCAGAUACUUAUCGACGAAGGAGUCAAAAAUAUGUUGCCCUUCAUGAUUACACGGCACGGGUCGAAGAUGACCUCUCUAUGUUGAAGGGCCAACAUUUCUACAUAAUUGACCGAUCACAAGGCUAUUGGUGGUAUGUCAAGUGUGGAGUUACGGGGAAGGUCGGAUAUGUUCCAUUUAACUACUUAGCACCCGUUACAAGUCUUGAGUCAAAUGAGUGGCACUUUGGCGAUAUGCGUCGUUUAGAGGCGGAGAAUUGUUUGAUGAUGCCUGGCAACGGUCAUGGCUCAUUCCUUGUUCGAGUCAGCGAAUCUAGGAGUGGAGCAUUUUCUUUAUCAGUUCGAGAUGGGGACGUUGUAAAACACUAUCGGAUUCGUUCCCGACCUUCUAGAACAAAUCCCGAGAUUCAUCGUUUCUUCAUUUCUCGUCAGCUACCCUUCUCCAGUGUCCAAUCCCUCGUUGAACACUACACGAAGAAUCAAUCUGGUCUGUGCUGCCAAUUGACUUCUCCUUGCAUCAAGCCCUCUCAACCCGUACCUGUUGGUCUUUCACACAACACUGUCGAUAAAUGGGAGAUACCUAAAUCCUCCAUAGUCUUGAAGGAACGUAUAGGCAAGGGGCAAUUCGGUGAAGUCUACAGAGCGGUAUGGAAUGAUACAACUUUGGUGGCUGUUAAAACUCUUCGAGCGAGUAAGUAA